AUGGAUGAUGAACUGACACAAAGUCAAAUGACGCAAAUGGAUUUAGAAGCGUCAAGAAAACAUUUGCAGAAUUUGAAUUUAGACUCAAUUCAAACUGUAAAUAUUUUAAAUGAAAAUGUAGUUGUUCCAACUGCUUCAUCGAGCAACAACCCUCAAUAUAAUAAUAAUGAGCCAGCUGUUGCUAAUAAAGAAGAAUUUGACAAUAUUCUUCAAAUACUCAGCAAUGCAGUAACUAAUGAAUUGCGUCAAUUAAAUAUAAUAGCGCAAAACGGUUGCAUGGAAACCAGAGUUCUGAUGAGAAGCUUUAUAAAUGCUUUGGAACAUGUUCCAUUAAUUAAGCCUAUGGAACAAGUUCAGCAGAGAAAAGAAGCACGAGAAGCGAUCAACAAGAAACGACGCCUGGAAUGA